GAAGUUUAAGGUGACGGUCGACAUUGGGAUAUAUUUGCUGGAUAAAAUAAAUAUGAUGAAAGGACUUUAUGGAUUUCUGACACUCGGUGUGUUGGUGUUUACAGGUGGUCCUACACAUGCCUCCUUUCCUUUUAGCUCAAAACCCUCCCAGAGUGGUGGUGAGAUAUGGAGACUCAGUCUCAGUCAACUGCAGCACAUCAUCCACAGACCAUGAGGGGAUGGGCUGGGAYGCCACAUUSGGAGGUACAGGUUUUGAACAAGYUGUCAACGUUGUCACCUGGACUGUGGAGGACCUUACUGAUUGGACAAUAGAACCUAAAUGCUACAUCYWUCUCAWUGKUGGCGYWCAARCCUCAAAAGUACUUCCAGUCAUUCUCUACAAGACUCCAGACAGAGUCUUCAUCUCUGCUCUGAGCCACUCUGGUCCCAUGGUGGAGGGGACAGYGUACCAGCUGCAGUGUGACAUCCAGAACAUCGCUCCUCAACGGAACCUGGUUGUGAAGUGGUACAAAGGGAAUGAACUCUUAGAUAAUGUAACUUACAGUAACGUCAGUAAGACACCAGUGAAUGUGUCAGCUACUCUGAUGAUCAGCCCCAGUAGACAUGAUGAUGGAGCUCAGUAUAGAUGUAGKGCAGAACUGGACCUGGGACCAGAGGGACCACAACCUCCUCUCAUAAUGACAUCAGAACCUCUUAAUUUCACCGUAUUCUACCCCCCAACCUUUUCCAGACCUGAAGCUGAGACCCUGGACAUCAGAGUGGGGGAGGAAAUCACCUUAAACUGCACGGCUACUGGAAGGCCCAGUCCUCUGUACAGCUGGCAGUCUUCACAUGUCCAAGAAGCUCUUUUCUCCCCACCGUCCGAGGUUCCAGGAAACUACACCUGCACUGCCUCCAAUCAGAUAGGCAAGAUCAGCAYGACAUUCACUGUGAAUCCCAAACCUAAAGGGGGCAGCACAAUGUUCUGGGCUAUCAUAGGAUCGGGCCUGGGCCUGGCCUUUGUGAUCGUGAUUGUCUAUGUCGUUGUCAAACACAGAGCAGGUCCCAACUCCAUCAUCUGACCAGGCCAGAGGAAGAGCAAUUCUAUCGCCAGUGUGACCAGCAGGACUUCCUCAACAGACACUGUAUGAAUAAGAAUGGUUGUUUAUUGAAUUAUUAUGAUGGAUGGCUUCAAUCCUGCAUGGCUUAUAAAUCCAAAGAGUGCUUUCUAUUAUCCUUCUCCAACCAAUAGCUUUGUGCCAUUUGGAUGUGGUGUUGAUGUCACGUUCGUCGUGGUGAUGAGAACAAGGUGGGGCGUGAUUUGAAUACAUUCUUCUUUUAUUGACGAAGAACACUAAACAAACUAACAAAAUAAACGUGAAGCUAAUCAAACGAGUGCAUACAUGCAACUACCCACAGACAACUACCCACAAAACCUAAUUGGAAAAUGGCAACCUAAAUAGGAUCCCCAAUCAGAGACAACGAUAAACAGCUGCCUCUGAUUGGGAACCAGUUCAGGCCUACAUUACCUACAUAGACCUACAUUACCUACAUAGACCUACAUUACCUAGACUUACAAAAUCCCCAUAGAUAAACAAAAACCCUAGACAAGACAAAAACACACAUACCUACCCUCGUCACACCCUGACCUGACCAAAAUAAUACAGAAAACAUAGAWAACUAAGGUCAYGGCGUGACAGGUGCGUUGUUUUGAAUGUGUCUUGGGCUGUGUCCCUGUGAGCAUGUUGCGCCACACUACAAAUCAUUCAUUCACAUGCAUGUGUGUCCUGUUUUAUUAUUUGUUUUAUCAUCAAGCAUGCCUGAAUGUAGUCUCUCUUUCACAGCCACUGUGUCUCUGUCACGCAGGUAAAGCGGCUGUGGAAACAGGCUAGCCUGAUCGCUGUAGUCCGAUGACAGCACCAAGUGACCUUAUGUGACUGUACAGUGAGAAAUGAGCCAUGCAAUGCAUCACUUCCUGUCUAAUGCUUUUUUUCUUGUUGCUCUAAAAUGGUGAUACCAGAGCCUUUUAACCGAUUUAAGUUUGCUAUACCAAGAGCCACAGGCAGCUUCUCUUCAUUGUUGGUUAUUUUGUUCUCUGCCCACAUUCUUCUACUUUAUGUCUCUCGUUUACCGUCACAGCAGCCUUGAUUCUCAGUAUUGUCGGUAUGUUUGAUGAUAGCUUUAAUCGUUUGUCUUUCACUUUCUCAACCUAUAUCUGCGGACCAUAGGGAAGCGAACAUGCAUACRGACAUGAAUCCCAUGGACACAGUCUCAGGGCUGUGAGGAGAGACAGGCCACUAAUGUGUUUUAUCUAUCURAGGUAUUUUAAUAGGCUACACAGUCAUAUCUCACCAUAGGUGGCUCACAUGGUCCUUUAASACGUUGCUAUACUGUGUGUUAGUAGAAACAAUUCUCGGUUUUGACGAGUGGAGUGGCACAGUCCUUCAAUCGUUGUCUUUUUAGGUUGAAUCACAAUUAGAGAUUUGUGUUUKUUUUUUAUUACAAUUUUAWAACAAAUUCAUGCUAGAUAUUUCAAGGUAUGGUUACAGUGUUAAGUGCAAAGUAUGUUCAGUUCACGUUGCACAGGGCUGGAAUAGCAUUGGUACAGUUGGAAAUGGUGCUUGUAAGGUGCACAGGACACUGUUUGAGCUGCACUAUGUUAACUAGCUUUUUGCAUGUGAUGUUUGUGUAUUGUGUCGCUAACUAAUUAUGUGUAUAUUGUCCAUUUUAUUUCAGCACUGAAUGUUGUUAUAUGCUCUCUUUCACAGUCACUAACACUCAUUCUCUGCUUUAUUUAGASAUUUUUGUCAGCUUGCUUAUGUUUAUAUGACCUGGGAUGUGUGUGUUUCCAUCUGACUGCUCUUCCGUUCAGACAUUUAGUUCUCUCUUCGGAAUGUCAAUACUGUCAGGCUCAGCAUUGUGUCAGAGAUUCAGUUUCAGGCGUUGCUCUACUGCAACAUAUUUAGGUGAGAAUCAUGCCGUCUUUAAUUUCCAUUUCAAUAGUGCUGCAACAUUGGUUGAAUGUUUCGCAUCGACAAUGCAGGUGAUGUUUACCAUGCAUACACAGCAUUCACUUUCCAACAUCAACCAGCUAUGCUCAUUGAGUUAAAGUUUUGAAAUGACCAGUCUUUCACUGUGACAUGUUCCUCUACUGUCUUUUGUAUGCCAUUUCUCUCAUACAUCACUGUAACACUGACACAUUCAUACUAAUCACUACAAACUAAGAUCCAUGUAAAGCGAAGCAUGAAAGUCCAUCUGUUAUCCUGCCUACGGUGGCUCAAAUAAAUACUUCCUUUUUCAGAAUUGA